AAGCUCAGGCUACGGCGUGACAGUAUUGAAGGAUGCAGGGCGCUAUAUCUGACAGGAUCUGUCACCUCUCAGCUCAAUGGCUCAUUGUUCCACAGACUUUACACAUUUCGGUCUGAAGAGCCUCUUCGUCUGACAGUCGAUACGCCGUUAGCUUCCCACACAGUACCGCAGAAACCAAAACUCAAAACACGUGGCGUUGUGACCAAGGUUACAGUGCGCGGAUCCUCAGCAGCUGAGGAACGCUGACUUGGGAAGAGCUCCCACAGCCGGGGCAUCUAUCUGCCCCUUGUGCUAGUUUCCGAAUUCCACCCCAGCCUCUCAGUGAUUUCCCCGUUCUCUCGCUUGGGAGGCAGGCUGCCAUCCAUCUUCAGUCGAGGAACUUGGACCAGGAGUUUAUCUGAAAGCCCCCCACAUCCCGGGAUUCGGAGUCUUGCCCCUCACCUUUCAGAGGUCCUGCUGAACAAUGAACAGUUCAAUAGAAGACUCCACAAUACAGAUGCUCAACAACACUGUGAUGCAUUACACCUUGCCAAUGAUCUAUCUGGGCAUUUUUCUUAUCAGCACUCCCCUGAACGCCAUCGCCCUUUGGCUCCUCUGCUGCCGCAUGUGGCCCAAGACUCCCACCAUGAUCUUUUCCAUCAAUCUGGCCAUCACUGAUCUCCUGUACAGCUUGACGUUGCCCUUUCAGAUCAUCUACCAUUGGAACCGGAACAACUGGCAGGCGGGGGGGCCACUCUGCCGGCUAGUGACUGUUCUCUUCUACGGCAACUCGCACUGCUCCAUCCUGACGGUCAUGUGGAUAAGUGUGGAGCGUUACCUCGGCAUUGUGCACCCCUUACACACCUCUCACCUUCGCACGGUUAAAACUGCCAUCCUGCUCUGCUUAUUGAGCUGGCUGUUUGUCCUCAUGGUCCACUUGCCCUUGAUGUACAACGAGCUGACCUAUGAUGUGCCCGAUCUGAAAAUCAUCACCUGCUUCGAUAUUAUUCCCCGCGAUAUGUUUCCCGCUGUUUAUUAUUUUUACCUGUACUACUCGGCACAGAUAUUUCUAUUUUUCCUUGUUCCCUUUGUUGUCAUGACGUUUUGCUACUCCAGGAUUAUAAGGACCCUGCUGAAGGCACCGGUGGCUCAGAUUAGAGAGUCGAGGAAGCAGAUAGUCUAUCUAACGAUCGUGGUGAUGCUUGCUUUCGCCAUCUGCUACCUCCCCACUCAGAUAAUAAUGAUUGUGCAUUUUGUCCGCUCCCACCUGAAGAGACCCAUCUACAUCCUGUAUAAGUUCUCCCUGACUCUGAACAGCUUAAAUGGCUGCUUCGAUCCCUUGUUGUACUACUUCGCCUCGAAGGAGUUUAGACGGAAGGUCCAGAAGAUUCUGCCUUGCAUUCCCGUGGACGAUAGUGACAGGACGUCGAGUAACAUCGCUCUACCUCUAGCUGCUCAGGGUAGUCAGUAAAUGGAUGCUCCUCAGGACUUCAGUUUGAGCCAGCAAAGACACACUCUACUGUGACCAGAAGCAUAUGCGCCCCUCAGACAGUCGACAAGAGUCUGGAAGGAGAGCAACUACUAUCAGUUGAGCUACACUAAAAGGGCAAUGCUUGAAUACACGGCAUUAUGAAAUGUAAAUGGAACCAGACAGAAUGUGUGUCUUGUGAUGUGGAAACAUAGGCAGAUGUUCCUCAGGCAAAUAUCAAGAGAUGUUAUCCAUCCAGCUUUACUCUUCUUACCAGCAGAAGGAUAUAUUUGGCAGAUGUAGAGAGAGAGAGAGAGACAGAGAAAGCAGGAAAGGUUCAUCAGACUAAUCUUUGCAUGCUGGGAUUAUCUCUUGUUGUAGGAAUGAGGAGACUAGACCUGUAUUCUCUAGGAUUUAGAAGAUGAGAGGUGAUUUCAUUGAAGUGCAGGAAAUCAUUUGAAGACUUGACAGCAGAUGCAAAGUCUAGAAUCAAAAGACACAUUCUGGGAAUGAGAGAUUAGACAGUUAGGACUGAAUGGAGGAGGAGUUUAUUCAGAGGCAGGUGAAGAUUAGAAAUUCUCUAAUCCUCCAGAGGGUCUUGGAGGCUCAGACAUCAAGUGCAUUCAAGAAAGAGAUCGAUAUCCUCCGAGAUGUUAAAGAUAUCAGCGGUAAAAUGGCAUUGAGGUAAAAGAUCAGUCAUAAUCUACUUGAAUGUCAGA